GAAGACUGCACUUGAGAGGUAAAGAUCAUCUCAACACAUUUUAUUAACAGAAAUUACAAAUCAGUUCUUUGGGGACGACCCAUAAAACAACAGAACGCCAAAAAGGCUAUGGAUUAUCCCCAAGGCAUCAACAAAGUCUCCACUUCUGUUAUUGAUUAUGACAACAACUUGAAGAAACAUAACUUAGAAGCUGAGAAGCGACUCAAAAAGGUGGAACAAGAUUAUCUACACACAAGUCAAAAGUACACAGAAACAAGAUCACAGUGGUGGAGCUUAAAUGAUGAGAGAUACCGCGCUGUCAAUAGCUGUUACUGGGCUGCAAACUUCAUUAACCGCUGCAACAAGCUGGUAGAGCAAUUGCAGAAGGCUCUUGACAAGCUACCUAAAGGAGAAACAACCGAAGAAACCAUUGAUCAUAGCCUGCAGUUCUCGUUACUCCAGCAGAAAGCACAAUUUCAAGAGCUAGACUAUCAUGGAAAAUGCGAAUUCAGAGAAUUUAGCAGAGAGCUAGACUGCAUUCGGAAAAAAAUGCCUAGGAGUGACCGCAGAAAAGCUGCACAUGAUCUCCUAAAAGAUGUUUGUAACCCCACUAGUCAUGACAGUUUGAGAAAAUCUGUGGAGCUGGAAAUAAAAGCUUUGAAGAAGCUGAUCAGAGAGCUUCAAAAAGACUGGGAAGAAAAACAACAUGUAAAGCAAUAUACAAAGAAUAAAUAUAAAGAUCUCGAACAAAAGGUGAAGCAUCUAGAGAAGAAAAAGGAACAACUUGCGGGACUGCGGGACGAAGAAAGAAAAAUCAUGUUCGGGACGAAGAAAACGCAUGAUAGGAAGAUAGGUACAUACCCUGAGGCUUAUUAUAUCAAAAUGUUGAAUGAUAAAUUACCAUGAUGAGUUGUAAUGAAUUAAUUUGGGGAUUGAUCAAAGCAUUAAUGUUCCUUCAAACAAAGAAAGGCAUAGCAAUCUCCAGUUAUUUCGUCAUUCAAGUGAUUAUAAGGAAAAGGUUUCAUAAGAAGUUAAUUUCCAGAAUUAAAUCUCUCAUAUUGAAACUCCCACAAUGAACAGCAAAUUCAAGUCAAAAAGCCUUUUAGCAUCAGACUAAAGUAUUGAGACUAAAUUAGUGAAGUUAGAACCAAGCCAAAAUGGAUAAUUU